AUGUAUUUGAACAACAGAAAUAAUGCCAUCAACACAGAAAGGAAGAAGAAUAUCAAAGGGAAAACACGGCCUCACGUGACAAAGACAAAUUCACACCAGGAAAACAUUUUCACCCUGACGACCCCGAAGAUGGGUAAAAAGGAGUGCACGUCAGAGGAGCAGGAGGUGAUGCAGCACACUGCCUUUUCGAAGGCCUUUUAUGAUCUGACUCAUUCGGAGAGGGUGAUAAAUGAUCUGACAUUUGGACGACGGGUGGGACUUUACGAGCUGAGAGGAGAGAUCGGGUCCGGAAACUUCUCUCAGGUUAGACUGGGGAUACAUGACCUGACAAAAGAACGAGUGGCAGUAAAAAUCCUGGAUAAAGGACGCCUGGAGAAGCGAUCACAAGCUCUGUUCGACUCUGAAAUGUCUUGCAUGGAGAAACUGUCUCACCCAAACAUAGUGCGCCUGUAUGAGGUGGUGGAGACGUUCAAGAGGCUCUACCUGGUGAUGGAGUACGCCAGUGGAGGAGAGCUCUUCUCCCGUAUCAGCACCAGAGGGCGCCUGUCAGACCUGGAGAGCAAACUUGUGUUUUCCCAGGUCCUGUCUGCUGUCAAACACAUGCAUGACAGUAAUAUCGUGCACAGGGACCUGAAGGCUGAGAACAUCUUCUACACCAACACCUACUGCAUUAAAGUGGGUGACUUCGGUUUCAGCACGUCCUGCAGCCCCAACGAUGUCCUUCACACGUUCUGCGGCUCUCCGCCGUACGCAGCGCCCGAGCUGUUCAAAGAAAAAGGUUACAGUGGCCAGUAUGCAGAUAUUUGGGCGCUGGGUGUUUUGCUUUACUUCAUUGUGACUGCCACAAUGCCAUUCAAAGCUACUAACACGAGCAAGCUUAGGUGUUGUAUCCUAGAGGGCUCGUACGCCAUUCCCCCCUUUGUACCGGGGUCAUGCCAGGAGGUCAUUAAGGGCCUCCUGAUGCCUGUCCCUGUGGAUCGCCUCACUAUAGCGCAGCUCAUGGACAGCGACUGGAUGAGAGGUAUUGAAUACACCCAGGCCUACCCUGCUUGUAGCCCCACACCCAACCACCUGAUCGAGCCUUCUGACAUCCUAAGCGCUGAUGAACUCAAUGUGAAAGCAGCCCUGGAGGAUCUUGGCAUCACAAAGAUCCAUCUCCGCAACAACAACCUAGACUUAAGAAGCCCAAUUACCGGUGCUUAUCGGAUUUUGCUGCACCGCUCCCAAAAGAGGAGGUCUGUUGAAGCUGUGGGCUACAGCCAGAUGUGCACCAAGCAAUCCCAGAACAGACUGACAUGGAGGGCAGGCUCAGACGGCCUGCUGAACAAACGCCACUCUGUGGUCUGUGUGAUCAUGUAGUUUAGUUUUUUUUUUUAAUGGAAUAGUUUUCCAACAUUUUGCCACUCUGAUGUUCGUGUGUGUUAAAUAUGAGCUUAGCUGACUAGUAUUUAUUUUCUUUAAUAAUUUCACGGUUUAAAACGUCAU